CACUCACACACACACACUCACACACAAACUGAAGUGCUGAGAUGUGACUGUUUACCAGAGGAAUACAGCGUGUUUCUGUGGGAUUUUUUUUUACACUGUCAGCCGGAUAAUGGGAGCGGACAGGCGGGGAGUCAGUGUGGCCAUGCGGGCCACUUGGGCUGCGGUGCUUCUCUGUGUGGUUACUCCGGUGUGCGCAGUGGAAGAGACAGUGAUGGAUACAAGGACGGCGACAGCUGAGCUUGGCUGGAUAUCGUUCCCUGCCAAUGGAUGGGAGGAGGUGAGUGGCUACGAUGAGAACCUCAACACCAUCAGGACGUACCAGGUGUGCAACGUGUUUGAGCCAAGCCAGAACAACUGGCUGCUCACGACUUACAUCGAUCGGCGGGCAGCCCAGCGCAUCUAUGUGGAGAUCCGCUUCACCGUACGAGACUGUGCCUCCAUCCCCAGCGUCCUGGGCUCCUGCAAAGAGACGUUCAACCUGUACUACCUGGAGACUGAAAGGACCGUGUCAGAGGGCAUCAAAGGGGUGGAGUACUGGGCAAAUGCCCCUUUUCUUAAGGUGGACACCAUUGCUGCAGAUGAGAGUUUCUCCCAGGUUGAUUUUGGAGGGAGGCUAAUGAAGGUUAACACAGAAGUUCGGAGUUUUGGGCCGUUGUCCAAAGGCAGAGGCUUCCACUUGGCCUUCCAGGAUCUGGGCGCUUGCAUGUCUCUCCUGGCUGUGAGAGUAUUCUACAAGAAAUGCCCCAGCGUGGUGCAGAACUUUGCUUUUUUCCCAGAGACACUGACUGGAGCAGAGUCCACCUCAUUAGUCAUCGCUAGAGGAAGUUGUAUCCCCAACGCUGAGGAAGUAGACGUGCCCAUAAAGCUUUACUGUAACGGUGACGGAGAGUGGAUGGUACCCAUCGGCAGCUGCAGCUGCAGGUCGGGUUAUGAACCAGACAAUGGCAACGUGUGUCGAGCUUGCCCUCAGGGCACCUUUAAGUCGUUCCAGGGGGCAGGAUUAUGUCAGCAGUGUCCGCUCAACAGUCGCUCCACCAUCGAGGCCGCAACCCUCUGCGGUUGUCGCAACGGCUAUUACCGUGGAGACAUGGACAAACCAGAGGACGUGUGUACCAGUGUCCCUUCUGCUCCUCGCAACGUGGUCUCAGUUGUCAACCAGACGUCGGUGCAGCUGGAGUGGCACCCACCUCGUGACACCGGGCACCGUGACGACCUGUCAUAUAAUGUGUUGUGCCGCCGGUGCCACAGCAGCGAGCGUCGGGCGUGUCAGCCAUGUGAUGACAGCGUGGUGUUUGUUCCAGGCAAGCAAGGGUUGAAGGAAACAAGGGUGGAGAUCAGCAAGCUGCGGGCCCACACAUCAUACACCUUCGAAAUACAGGCAGUCAACGGAGUCUCCAACAAGAGCCCUUACCCCGCCCAGCAACUGUCAAUCAACAUUACAACCAAUCAGGCUGCUCCCUCAGUAGUUCCCAUAAUGCACCAAGUGAGCUCAACGAGCCGCAGCUUCUCGUUGUCAUGGCCACCGCCCGAGCAGCCCAACGGAAUUAUCCUCGACUACGAGAUACGAUACUUUGACAAGUCCCAGUCGUCACUGCUGAACAGUUCAGUGGUCCAGAGCGAAACACCCAAUGUUGUUCUGGAGGGUCUGAGGCCUGGGACCGGCUACGUGGUCCAGGUGAGGGCCCGCACCGUGGCUGGCUACGGAGCCUACAGCAAGGACAUGCUCUUUCAAACGCUCACCGACGAUGAGUACAAGUCAGAGCUAGGACAGCAGCUCUCCCUGAUUGCAGGCUCUUUAGUAGGAGGAGUGUGUAUCGUCUCAUUGGUAGCUAUCGCCAUCAUCUGUACCAGAAGAAGGCAGUUGAAGGAGAGCGUGUAUGGUGACAAGCUGCAGCAGUACAAUGGAGGAGGAGAAGUGACUCUGAGACCAGACAUGUUCAGUGGUCCCACCCCGACUGUGACCUUUCCCACCCUGUCUGAGGGUCACAGUUCACCAGGGGUCAAGAUCUACAUCGACCCCUUCACCUACGAGGACCCCAAUGAGGCUGUGCGGGAGUUUGCAAAGGAAAUCGACCCCUCGUGUGUCAAAAUAGAGGAAGUCAUUGGAUCAGGCGAGUUUGGGGAGGUGUACAAAGGUCGCCUGAAGCCUGUUGGGAAAAAAGAAAUUCCUGUGGCCAUCAAGACCCUGAAGGUUGGCUACUCUGAGAGGCAGAGGAGGGACUUCCUGUCCGAGGCGUCAAUCAUGGGCCAGUUUGAUCAGCCAAACAUCAUCAGACUGGAGGGCGUGGUCACCAAGAGCAGACCUACGAUGAUCAUCACAGAGUUCAUGGAAAACGGAGCGCUUGACUCGUUUCUCAGGCAAAAUGAUGGGCAGUUCCCAGUGAUCCAGCUGGUUGGUAUGCUGAGGGGCAUCGCGUCUGGGAUGAGGUACCUGGCGGAAAUGAGUUAUGUUCACCGCGACCUGGCUGCUCGGAACAUCCUGGUUAACAGUAACUUGGUGUGUAAGGUGUCUGACUUUGGAUUAUCACGAUAUCUGGAGGAGGACACCUCUGACCCCACCUACACAAGCUCACUGGGAGGUAAAAUCCCAGUGCGGUGGACAGCUCCGGAGGCGAUCGCCUACAGGAAGUUUACGUCGGCUUCAGAUGUGUGGAGUUAUGGGAUCGUCACUUGGGAGGUGAUGUCAUACGGAGAGAGGCCUUACUGGGACAUGAGCAACCAAGAUGUGAUAAAUGCCAUCGAACAGGACUUCAGGCUGCCAGCUCCCAUGGACUGUCCGGUAGUGCUGCACCAGCUGAUGCUAGACUGCUGGCAGAAAGACAGGAACGCACGGCCAAAGUUCCCCGAUAUUGUCAGCAUGUUGGACAAAAUGAUACGCAACCCUGCAUCUCUCAAGGCCGGCACCAACAAUGUCGCCCCGGGUCCUUCCCAUCAUCCCUUGUUAGACCGUGGAGCUCCGGACCUGAGCAGGGUGAGCUCCGUGGAAGACUGGCUGGCUGCGUUGAAGAUGACCCAGUAUCGAGACUCCUUCCUGGGCUCGGGCUUCACUUCUUUGCCGCUCAUCACACAAAUCACAGCCGAAGAUCUUCAGAGGAUUGGAGUGUCUUUAGCUGGACACCAGAAGAAAAUCCUGACCAGUGUUCAGUCGAUGAGGCACAACAUUGACGACCAGUCUCCUACUGAAUCUGUGUAACCUCACAGGGGAGUGACACAGUGUGAAAUAUUUGACAAGUGUACAGUCUGAAUGAGCAGGCUGUCAUCUUUACACGUCUGUUUUACCCUCAUACACUUCAGUUCGCCGCUCUAGGAGAUCCAAACCACUUUACAUGUUUUUAAUACUCGCUGUGGCCAUUUGUGUGUCUGUGUGGCCUCAGCAGUCACCGGGUCCCUCCUUCAGUCAUUGGACAGACUUCUUUCACACCAUUUAGCAAAUUGAUUGAAAGUAAAUGGCCUCUUGGAGGGAAUUCAUCGUAAGAGGAAAAACAAGGCAGACAUGAUUUGUGACUGCAAAACAAGAAAAAUAGUGUCUGGACUUUUCUAUUUGACUAUAACGGGUACAAUCACAACCCCCCACCCCCUCUCCCCUGAAAUCUGCCUGCAAGAUAACUUCCAUCAUUGAAAUCCACAAACCAGUUUUUACCAGUUUGACUAUUUGAGUCAAGGACGACAUGGCCUGGUUUUUAUGUAAGGAUAAAUCACACAAACAUGCUACUGUGGAGAGGAAACCAACCGACCAGACAUUUAUAUGAAGGAAACUGGACUAAAAGCCUGACUAAAGGUCUGUCAAACAGUGUCCCUGGGAACCCAUCACAGGCUGUUAUCUCCAGUAUGUUUUGUUGAGACUACUUGAGUGUGUUGGUGAAAAUUGCUACCAUUUGGAUCCAGACAAGAGCCAACAGUUUAAUGGGACUUUGUGAAUCCAUCUUCAUAUUGAAGAGUCUGUACAUAGUAUGAUAUGGGAUGUUUUAUUUCCUAUUUGCUCAUUUGCUUUCACUUUUGCCAACAGCAUCGAAAAAUUAAUUGUCACUGGAGUAUUUUGUGAGCUCUCUAUGAUUAUCUUCCUCUGCCUGACUCAUCACUGGAGCAGACUUUAAAGUGCUGUGGACUACAGACCCAAACAAAAUGGAAGAAAAGGUUUCAUAAUUCUAUUUUUUUUGUACUUUCCAUGCAGCCAUGAAAAGAUAUACUCUUUCAAGCAGAGAGCUGGCAAAGCCUGGCCUACUUAAAAUACUUAAUUCAGAGGUUACUCAUAAUGGAUGAUGUUUUACAAUCAGCACGUAUGCCCUCUGAGUAAAGGCAAUUACCGAGUAGAAAACUGAGACAAAAUCAGAUAAAGAAAUAUUAAACCAUUGCAGUGUAAUAAGUAUUUUUCUUUUCAAGCUGGGAAGCAGCUGCAGACUUGAAAGUAUAGAAGAAGAGGACAAAACAGCAUAGGAGACUGUAGAUAUGGAGUCAUUACCAGCUGCUGAGACGCACCUGUUGUGAACACACAGCAGUGGCCAGAGAAUCUCAAAAGGCAGAGAAGGUAUUCUCAUCCAACGUUCUUGUGAUUUGGCUGCAAAUCCUAAAGCUGACUGCCAGUCAGGCAUUAAUAUAACGCAUGAACAAAGCAGAAAUCCAAUGCUCAUGUACUGUCCACGCAUGAAACAAAUCUCAUUUCUGUCAAAACUGUAUGGCUGCCAUCCAGAUGGUAAUCAUCACUCUACAGCAGGCAGGCAGGCAGGCAGGCAGGCAGGCAGGCAGGGGCCUUUGUAUCAAUUCAUUUUUAUUCACUGGCUGCCGGACAUGUCAUUGUUGUCUGUUUUGACAGCCACAUUUCCUCCCUAUUGACAUCAGUGAUUAAUACUGUUGUGUCAGUUUGCAGAUGAGAUGACAUAAAGUGACCUAUCCACGUUCACAUCUGUGGACAGCAACCUUUUCAGUGUCAGGCGUUACGCAACACUGAUUUACAAGCAACAAAGACUGAUUCCUCAGACACGUCAGAGAAGAGAUCUAACAAGAAGAGAUAGUAAAAAUACCAAAUGCUGGAGGGGUCAAGAAGGAAAUUGCCGGCAUAUUUAUCAUGUUUUGGUGCGGGAAUGUGAUGUCUGACUCACUAGUCCUCACAAAAUGUGAUAUCAAGAAGGCCUGAUCUCACUCUGGGGCACACUGGUGGAUCCAUUUUAUCUCAGCGCUGAGCAGAUUACCAGCUGUGAAACAACAGCAUGCCUCGCUCUGCCUUUAGCCCAAACCUCUGGUCAUGCGUGUGCCCCCACAUCCCGAGGAUUACCAGUCUGCAGCGCUGAUUGGAUGUUGAGAUUUUAUUUGUCAUCCCCUUCGAGCCGUGCUCACAAUGACAGAAGUGACAGUGUUUAGUCGUUCGCUUUCAACACGUUUUACUGCUGACAUGUCCUACAGGACGAUGUGUUUGUGUUUGUCUCGCACCGCUGCUCUCCACUGCUGGGACGGCCCAAACUCUUUCAUUUAUGAACGUUGUGACAUUGAGAGGUCCGCGACCAUUUCUAAACCUCCAAACAUUCCCACUUUUUUGGCAAAAGUCUGCUCCGCCGGCACGAACCGGAAUUGCAUUUGUUGCCUGGCAACGAUAGCUUAUUGAACAUUUUAUCAGGAAGUAUUGAGAUCAACUGGGAGUGUGUCAGUGGUUCAGAGGCAUAAUUCGUUGUAAAUAGAUGCCUGUGGAAAAACAGUUUGAGCGCUGACUCUGGGGUUUAACAAUGAGUGAGCCGAUGAGUGCGCCUAAAAGCUCAUAUUGAACGGUAUCUAAAAAAUAUGUCAUGCAGAAGAAUCGAAAGCUGUCAGCACAGACAGGCUUCUUAAUACAUUAUGUAACAUGUAGCUAAGUGUGAUGUGUCUAUCCUUUUUUUUUCUUUCUUCCAGUUAACAAGGUUAGUUGUGAGCUUUCAGAGGCAUUUCACAUGUUUCUGUGUCAGUGUUUGUGAAAAGACAAUGAAGGCAUAAAUGAUCUACAGCACGUCUUGUAUUAAUACUGCGACAUGUCUUGGUUUGAGCACAAAUACACAGCACAGAGAGGAUAACUCAGGAACACAACAGAUGUGAGUUUUGUCCACAUUCCUGCAUAAUAUGGGAUGGUUUAUUGGUAAACCGUGCACUAUAUAGAGCGAUUAUUACAAGAUGAAGUGCUUAAGAGUUCAUGGAGAAAACUGUUUGAUGUUAGUUUUCUGAAGUGCUUAUUAAAAGUUAAAUCCACUCUAAAUCCAGCCCCUAAAAGAGACGAACACAUCACUAAAUCCUUUGAGAGUUUUCUAUUUGUGUAUGUGAACAAGACUCUUAUACAAAAAAAAACAGAGAGACACACUUUUAGGUGAUGAACAGUAGCCAGAAUUAAUACGCUUUCUGAUUAUAUCAGUGCUGAAUGUCUGGGUACCUUCUAGUUCAAGGCUAAGUUGCAUUUUUAAUCCUUUUCAUUGAAAGUAGGGAGCUUUGACAUCAGGCUUUUUUAAUGUUUCUCUUUUUUCCAAAGGCUCUUAUGUUGAAAACUGCAAACCGCCAAGCUUCUAAUAAAAGAGCAACCACAGAAAUUACAAUACUUGACUAUUCCACACACAUAAACAGUUUUUUUAUCAUCUAAAGUAAACCCAACUUUUGUUGGUUAACUAUGUUAAUGUGAUCAGUGGAAACAUCUGCCAGUCACUGUAUUAAAGAUUCAGUGUUUCCCUAAGACAUGAGCUGUGUCCCAAUUCCAUACUACGAUUCCAGUGGAUUUAAAAUGGAUGAUGGUGUGUCUGCUUUCGCCCACUGUACAAAAUGAAGCCAAAAUAUUUCCGCCAUCUUGCGCUGGUCACGUCAUUUGAAACCAGAGACCAUGCAGAAGUGAUCUCUGUGGUAUUGAGUUCCUGCAGUCCGACCAAUCACAAGCAGCUCCAUUGAUUGCAAGCACUGGAUUAGCACAUACAGCCGUCAAUCAUGACAACACAGCAACAUUUUAUAGCAUCAAAUAGCUAAUUAAAACCAAACUUAUUAGAAAAUAGAACACUUGAACACAUCAACGUGAUAAGAAGUACCUAAAAUAACAAAAUGAAACUGUCUUUGGUACUUUGAUCGAUUAGUUUGGCCUAUAUCCGAUCCGCUAACAUGGGAUGGGUGGGGUUUAUGACCUGUACGGCUUGUACUGCAGCCAGCCACCAGGGGGAGAUCAAACAGUUUUGGCUUCACUUUUGGGGAGCUGUCAUGUCGUCCAUCUUUAUUUUACAGUCUGUGGUUUUUCCCAUCCUUUAUUCAUAUUUCAAAUUUUUCUUUAAACAAUAUUCGAAAUGUUUCUAAUGCAUGAAGUGACUUAGUGUAAACGGCCCCUCUUGUCUGUGGGAAAAAUGAAUGGGACUUUUACUUGCAUCACCAGGGGCUGCUGCCACUCUAUAUAGUAUGAUUUGGGACACAGCUACUAUUUUAAAGUGGAUUCCCCCUCUAAAGAAAAGACCCAGCCACAAAUAUCCCUUAAGGUUUCUCUUUUUGUUGGAUAUUUUACUUACUUUUGUAAUGUGUUUCAUGAUACUUUAGUGUUGCGAAAACAUGCUGCUCUGAGAAAAGGUUGGCAUAUAUCUGUGACCACAGUCUCUUCUUUGUAAAAACCCAACAUUUUGCAGCUGCAGUGCAUUCCGGUCUGCCGGGACUAUUGUCAAUAGGGACGGCUGUGAUGAAUUUGUCAGUGUUGAAUGGCGGUUCAAAUGACUGUGGCAGACAAAAGCCCUCACUGUCUUGACUCUGAGGGACUGACACCAAAACCUGACAUUUACUGCAGAUGCUUCAGAUAGAGAACUCCGUUCAGUCUUCACUGUAACUGUGCUGGAUAUAUAUCAACAUGAUAGCAUGUUGUGUUCGGCCAACUAACCACUGAGACAGGAAAAAAUUCACUAAAAUGCAAGAAAAAGGCCCAGAAUUGCAAGGUGUGUCACAAGAAAGACCUCCGAGUGCUUUAGGGUGGGUUUAUCUUUUAAUUGCAGUUAUUUUUUCUCGAGGCUGGAUCGACUCGGCUGCUUCUCUCCUCUCCUGUUGCUUUGGUGUAAUGGUUACUGUAGGUGAGGCUGAAGAUGAGAGGGAAAAAGUGAAAGGGAAUAGGUAAUAGAAGGGGCAAGAGGAGAAGGGAAGUAUAACAGAUGAAGCGAGAGAAAUGAGGGGGGGGGCGUGAGAGGCAAAGCUCGACACUCGCGUUUGAAUAAAAAUGAGGCUGGGUGUGGAGAGAUUACUUUUUCUCUUUUUCUCUCCCUCUCUCUCCCUGCUCUACUCGGCUGUCCUCUUUCUUCUCCUAAUGCCCACAACCUCCCUGUACAACUCACUCUGCUUCCAGUCUGCAUCUCCACUGACUAACAGUUUAAAGGCAAGUGAGUUCAGCUCUCAAUUUAUUCUUAGAUGCACUAUUUUCACAAACAUUUUAACUUGUAUCUCUUGAUGAUGUUUUGGCAAUGAUCACUUUCACGCAAAAAACCCUGAAAUGUGUUGUUGUGGGUUUUCAGGGGAGUAUUUAUCCCAAACUGUCAAAGUAAAAGGUCGUCUCUACCCAGAAAUGAAGGGUUUGUUUUCUCAUUUUAGCCUUUGGUCCAUGUGUCCAGUCAUUCACAGUAUUUUAUCAAACUAACCUGAACUAAAACAGUCUGGCUGUAACACUUCUGGACAUGCAGAAAAGUUAGUUUUUCUCUUUUCUCAAUUAUUUAUUUGUUUAAUUUAUUUCCUUUCCUAUUGCUUGCCAUACUUUUCAGUAUGUAUUUAAUGUGUAUUGGUUGCUCUUAAAAAAAAAAGAAAAACAGCUCAGUAAUCAGCUGUAGUCUGCCUUUCUCUGUUUACCUACGAUACUGUUAGGUGUUCCUGCUCAUAUAGUCAGAGCAUCCCACUGUUAUGUAUUAUAAUGCUGUAAUAUAAUGUGAGUAUGCGCACGCCCAUGCAUCUUUGUGUGUGUGUGUGUGUGUGUGUGUGUGUGUGCGCGUGUGUGUGUAAUAUAAUGUGUGUGUGCUGUUCGGUGUGCAGUAAAAUGUUUGUACAUUGUGCGUGUGUGAGUUUGUAGCUGUUAACUUUCUGAGUCUUACAUUUACAAUGCACUGUUUG